AAAAGUUGAAAAAAACAUAAAAGAAGAAGAAGACGGUGAAGAAGUUUCCUGAUCGGUGCGCGAAAGGAAGCGUUAAACAAAAAACUUGAAUUGGACGGCAAAAUCAAACAUUCUUAGAAGGAAAUCGCAUUUCAGAAGCAAAGUUUCCUUUUAUUGUGUCGCUAAUUCAUUAUUGUUCUUCAUUUUCUGAUUCGUUUAAAAUCAAUCAAUUAAACGCACUACCUCUUCUUUCGAUUUCUCCGCACAACAUUCUUGCUGUGCGUUUUUCCGAAUCGAUUAUAUUGCAAUACAGCAGGAGACCAAAUAGAUUUUGUGGAGCUCAAUAGUUUGGCUAGAUAUGAUUUAUGAUAAGCUAUGCGGAGCCACAUUAUGUGUAGUGGGUGUAGGAACAUCUUGCUUUACCCUAGAGGAGCAAGCAAUGUUUGCUGUGCUUUGUGCAACACAAUUACCCCUGUUACUCCUCCCGGAAUGGAAAUGUCACAACUAUAUUGUGGAGGCUGUAGGACAUUGCUAAUGUACACACGCGGAGCUACUAGCGUGAGAUGUUCCUGCUGUAACACUAUAAAUCUUGUACCAGAAUCUAAUCAAUUGAGCCAUAUUCAUUGUGGGAACUGCCGAACAACACUCAUGUAUCCUUAUGGAGCUCCCUCAGUCAAAUGUGCAAUUUGUCAUUAUAUUACUAAUGUCAGUAUGAACAAUGGAAGGCUCCCAGUUCCUACACGGAGACCUAAUGAAACAACCAGCUCCGAAACGUCAAGGCCCCGCUUUGAAAGCCAAACUGUAGUAGUAGAAAAUCCCAUGUCUGUUGAUUCAAGUGGGAAAUUGGUAAGCAAUGUCGUCGUGGGCGUUACAACAGAGAAGAAAUGGUGAUACUCAAUAGUUUCUUGUGCUUUAAAAUAUUGUUGGUGUAUGUUUUGUUUUGAGGCCUGCAAUGAUUGAAUUGAAGUCUAGUCUCUUCUCCAUCCAAGGUGUAGACUGAUUUCAUGUAUUUAUUUAUAUGUAUCAUGUAUUAUAUAAGGUCAGACAAGUGACAGAGCACAAAGCUUGAAAUUUAUGUGAUUUCUAAAGCCCACUUUUUUGCCUCAUUUGUAUCUAUAGCAAAAUCAGUAGGUUCUUUGUGAUUAUGUUUUUUGGGAGAUAUUUUUCACCUCAAUUGCCUCAAAAAAAUCUUAUAUGUUUUUGUAAGUAUACUUUUAAAUUGUAUGAAAGUUUCAGACAACACAAAAUUUGUGUUUUUUCUA